AUGGCUUCCUCGUCGCGCCUCGACCGCCUCCGUCAGCUUGUGCAGUCGGACCUGGGCGCCCUGCCAGAUCGGUCCCCAUCCCCAGCCGAAGCAUUCAGCGACGACGACGCGCCUGGCGGUGUACUACUCGAGCCGCAACUCGCUGACAUGACGAGCAAACAGACAGCAUUGCCUAGCGCCGCCAAAGCUACAAAUCAAACGACUGCUCCUGACGCCAACGUUGACCGCCGAUUCGUCUGGGUACAAGGCGCCGAGAGCUCAUACAACCCAAGCUUGAUGUCUCACUCAUCUCCUCCUGCAAAGCCCGCCAUCUCCAAGCUCCCCGUCACUACCCUCGUUCGCGGUCAUCUUGCAUCCGCUCGUCACCACUUCACUCCCAUCCAGGCACUGGCGAAAUAUCCGUACAAAUUCUGUAACAAGAGUCACAUGCAACCCAUCUCCUCGGCUUUCUUCGACCAAGGAAAGUUCUGGGAGCGCGAGUGGGACCUUUAUUACAUAUGGGAUAUCGAGAACGACAGCAAACCUAUUAUUCUCGUCCUUGAGAGCCAAUUUCAGGACCUGCUAGUAGAAAUCAAUCAACAGCUCAAACUUGGUCUUGCAAUCACCGACGAGCAACGUGAGGAGAGUCUUGUCACCCAAUUUCCUGAUCAUCCCCGCUAUCUACCUCGUUACCUAGGACGCUCUCACUCCCGUGAGCAGUACGACAACAUGGUCGACAACGCUCCGAGCAAGGACUUCCGCGCACCCAAUGAGCCCGUCCAUCCACCGCUCGAGGACCGUUCUUUGGAGCGCUUCAAACAGCUAAUGGAGGAAUUGUGGGAUGUCCAAAAGGCCAAGAGCAAAGCUGUCAAGGCAAAGAGACAACAAGAUCGGCUUCUCAAGCAAAAGUCAGCGGCCGAUCAAUUCAAGCGCGCACAGCGGUACCUCGGUCUACGUCCCGGUGUAGCGGCAGGAGUCGUUCAAUCCGGCCCCCCAGAAGCUAUCGACUAUUCCAAGCCUGUGACUUCGCCUUUUGAGAAGUGGGUCGUAUUCGUCUGCGUCGACGUCGAGUCCUACGAAAGAGCUCAUGACAAGAUCACAGAGGUGGGCAUCGCUACACUAGACACUCGAGAUCUUGUCGGCGUUCCACCCGGCGAGGAUGGCGCUGCGUGGAGAAAACUGAUUCGAGCUCGGCAUUUUCGCAUCAAAGAGCAUGCCCAUCUGGUCAACUACCAGUACGUCGCUGGCCAUCCUGAAUCUUUCGACUUUGGCCAAUCGACAUUCGUUCCCCUCAAUGACGCCGCAGGCGCGGUUGCCGCUUGUUUUCGACCGCCUUUUGGAGCCUCGUCCACAGGUAACGAUGAUAUGGUUGAUCUCAUGAGUGGAAUCAAUCUCGACGAAAACCGCAACAUCAUUUUCCUUGGCCACGACACUACAGCCGAUGUCCGCUACCUUCAACAACUCGGCUUCGAUGCAAUGGGCUUGAAGAACAUGGUCGAACCCCUGGAUACUGCCACUAUGUAUCGCGUUUGGAAACGUGAUCAACAACCGACCAGUCUGGGGAGAAUACUGCAUGAUUUCGACAUUGCCGGUUUCAACUUGCACAAUGCUGGUAAUGAUGCCGUGUUUACGGUGCAAGCCAUGUUAGGUGUUUGCGUACGUGAAGCCACACUAAGGGGGCCGGAGCUGGAGAAGCUGCGCAACGAGGAGGCGGCACUCAAAGUGGCAGCCGCCUUGGAGGACGCUCAGCAGAGGCUCAGAGAUGAGGCAGAGGGCUGGAGCGACUACGAGGCCGACGGCGACGGUGGACCGCCUGUGCCCAUGCAGAGUGCGCCGAAAGACACUAAAAGUCACAACGACACGACGAACUCUGGCCAUUCACACUACACUGAAGGUAGUCGCGGUGGUGGCCGCGGUGGAAAUCGUGGAGGAGGUCGCGGACGCGGAGGUCUAGCAGAGGCCUUUCGCGGAUCAGACUACAGGCUUCGCGGAGGACGUGACUAUCAUUCCGACAACUACAACGGCGGUCUUGAUCGUGGUGGAUAUCGUGGCCGAGGCCCAUCUCACGGAGACUACCAGCAUGGCGGAGGCUAUGGAACUGGUCGCGGCCGCGGUCGUGGUCGUGGAAAUUUCGAUCCCAACUACAGUUCAGAUUACAAUACCGGUACCUCUGCGCCUCAGGUACGUCUCUACGACCUCUACUAGCUUCUCGGAGCAGUCUUCUUUCUUCUUCUCAAGAACAUGUUUUCUUUUUUGACAUGUGUGGGUAUAUUGGAAGCCCACAGGCUGGUCAUUAUAUACCUGCAGGUCAUCCCUAUGUU